GAGAAAAUAGAGGGAUUUCACUUUUUCACUCUAUAUUUAGAGCGAAAAAAUGAAAUCCUUCUAUUUUCCCCUCUAUAAUAGAGUAACUCUAUUAUAGAGUAAACCAUUGGAGCAAAACUUACUCUAUAAUAGAGUUACUCUAUUUUUAUGGGAAUUAUAGAGGAAAAAAUAGGUAUGGGUUGGAGAUGGUCUAAUGGGUGCCUCUUUAGCCGAUAAAAGCAGGCACCAAACUUAAUGAAAAUUCACAUAUACUAAAAUGAUAAAAAAAGAAGAAGAUAUAUUUCAUUUUUCACAAAAAAUAAUUACGAUUUUUUUUGAAAAAAUAAUUAAGAUACUCUCUAUCUGAGUUGAGAAGAUAAUUUAUAAUCCGACGUCAGUAACUAGCUAGUUCUUUGAACAUGUGAAACUUUUGCAGCAUGAAGUGCCAUUUUUUCUUCUUGUUCUUUACGUCUUUUCUUCCUUUUUUCCUUUUGAUUUCUUCUCAGUUUGAUAUUUUAUUUUUGUUCAACUUUAGUUGAGAAUCCUUAUAUGAUUUGUGGCUUAAACUACUCUUUUUAUUUUUAAUAGUAGAUACAAAACCUUUCGUCUCCUCUCAACUCUUUCCGUAUUUUGGUGUUGUUGUAAUGUACUAAUCAGCCAAAACGGUUAUAAUUGAAAUCUAGUUGCGCAGCAAUUGGACCCUUAUAAUUAUUCCAGGCUUAAAAAGAAUGACAUUUCAACUCCUCUUGCUGAUGCAUUACCAAAUUACCAAUUAUGCCUUGAGAGUUCCCUUUCUUUGAACGAUGAGAGCAACAAUCCAAUAACAAGACUUUUGAGCACAUCUUAAUUCAAAAUCUCAAGCUUCUACUUAAAUUAAGUGGAAAGCGUUCUAUCGCUUGUAGUUAGUGCACGGUUUAGUAUUAGAGAUAAGUAUAAAGUCUGUAUACGAAUGAAUCGUUAAAAGGAAAUUCUGGAGAUAAUUUACAUAUGUUUAGAAUGUAUAUUACGUAAAUUUUGUUAAUCGUUAGUUGGAUAAGUUCUAAGUCUCAUAACCAACCUUACUUGUUAUAUAUUUCAGAAAAACUUACUUGUUAUGUUUUACCAAAGAAAAAAAAACAAACUUGUUAUGUAAAUAUGCUAAAAGGAUCAACUAUCAAGAUUUACCACUCAAACUCUUCUUCUCAAUAAUGAAAGAAAACCAGACCUUAAAACGAAGAAGAUGAAAUGUAUUUAUUGACGUUUCAAGCUUAAUAUUUUGGAUUACAUUAAGUAUUUUAUUAAUACAAACGAGAAUAACCCUAGCUCGUAGACAGAUGGAUUUAUCACGAAUCAUCUUCAUAACCAAAGCACCCAAAGAUAGUCUUUCGCAAACAUAAUAGUAGUCAAGUUCAAAGUGUUUGAAACACUUGAGAUAAUCUGGAUUAGCAAUGAGAUGAACCCUGGAGAGGUUGUCACAAUAUAGUUCUGGUGUGGCCUGCAAAGGAACAACGAGUUCACGCAUCACCAUGCUGACCCUUUUAGUACGAUACACAUUGACGUCCAUGAAUAUUCAUGAAUAUUGAUUGUUUAGCCACUUCUCCAAGCCAAAAAAAAAACGUAACAAAAAGAAAUAAAUAUAAUUACCAUAUAUAAACAUUACAAAAAUAUAUAUAUUGAUAAGCAUAAAUAAACCCUUAGUCAAACCACUGGACUAAGGUUGCUUCAACGAUAUUGAUAUGUUUUAUUUAAUUAAUAUACUUAUUAACAAAGAAUGUAUACAACCCAAAAAACCAUAUAUGUUAUGCUUUGUAUGUGGAAAUACUUAAUUAUUCACCUCUUGUCCAAGUAAUAAUAAGUUCUUUCCAAUUAUGGUGUCGGUCCAAACAAAUAUAUUACUUGGAUUUUCAUAUUGAAUUCGUCAAUGACAAGGGUUUGCAUUGGUUACAUACAGUGGCGGAACCAGAAACUUUUUUUAUCAGGGGCAUAAUUUUUUUUCAAAUAAGAUUUAAUAUUAAAUAAAUUAUUUAUAUAAAUAAAUAAAUAUUUAUUAUUAAAUAAAGUGAUAAACAGCUGGUAUUUUUAAAUACAUAUUUUUAUUAUUUAUAUGAUUUAACCUAUAACUUAAAUAUUUUUAAUAAAAAAUGUAUAUGGUAUUUGUAAAGAAAGUAACCUAAUCAUGGCUCAUGAGAAAAUAAUAAAAACCUAAUUAUCUCAUCAAAAUAGUUAACCAAUGAAAAACAUAUAACAGAGUUAUUGAACAUCGAAAGUUACUGAACAAACCUCUUUAAAUAGAAUACAAAAAUGCAUUGAAUAUUUUGUCAUGGAUAUUAGUGUACAUGCAAAAUAGGAAACUAUCAAUAAUUUAUUACAACUGAUAAAUAUGAGAUUAAAAAAAAACUGAAAUGGUGAGAUGUGAGGCUUGAGCGAAGAUUUGGUGGGGGCAGGAAGAAAAUUUCAACGGAGGCAAAACAAGCUGAUCUAGUGAAACUUUGAUUAGUUACUUAACGAUUUGGAUAAAUAUUUUGUUUUAUCUGGGGCAGCUGCCCUCCUCUCCAUAGCUCCGCCACUGGUUACAUAUAAAAAUUAACAACCAUAUAGAAACUUGAAAUAUAAGUGUCUGCUUACAUACGUAUCAAACAAACAACAUGAUUAUUCAACUUUGUUAGCAAAUAAUAAGAACAUUAAGGCAUCAUAUAUCAAUUGGACGAUGAAAGAUUGAAAGAUAGUACACGUAUGAUGUAGUACCUAAUAUGAUAUAUAUAACAAUAAAACAGUUCGUUGCAAUAAGGUUAUCAUGAACGUGUUAUGUUUGCAUGGCUGAAAAUUAUAUUUGGAUCUUUAAUGACAAUCUCAAGAUACGACAUCUCCAAAAUUGGGCUAGCUAUCAAGAAAACUAAAGAACAUUGACUAUGGAAUUAAAUCUCCUAUCAUAUUUAAUAUUCACACUGAAGAUGAAUGUGUAAGAUGACAUAACAAUCUCGCUGUGAAUUAUUUUGCUCAAGUUACGUCAAUGUGAUUAUUAAACAUUGAAUGUAGUUACGUCAAUGUGGAUGCUAAACACUGAAAUAUGGUCUUGCAUAACAAACUCAAGUUACGUAAUGUGAAUGUUAAACAUAAAGCAGAGUCAAAGAUUUGAGCAGAUUAUAUAAAAUUGUGUUAUAUAAUCAUUGAACCUUCACUGUGAAUUAUCUUGCUCUGUCUCGAUGGUGUGGUGUUUAAUUUGGUUUGAUGAUUGUGUUUUGUUUGUAGGCAAUACUAUUCACAUUCAAUAAACGCAAGAAAAGAUCACUUUGAGACAAUCAGCUGCCACAUCAUUAUUAACAGGCAUUGUCACCAUCGUUCUCUUGCUUGGAGUCUUAAGUCUGAUAACUCUUCUAUGACAGACUCGAGAGACGUCACUUUGAUAACAGUCAUGCACGUAAGUUCUUAACUUAAUCUCUCAAGAGCCAUUACUGUCAACAUUAUUCACAUUCAAUAAACGCAAGAAAUGUCAGUGUCACUAUGAGACAAUCAGAUGCAACAUCCUAGUUAACAGGCAUUGUCACCAUCGUUCUCCUGCUUGGAGUCUUAAUUCUGAUAGCUAUUGUAUGACAGAAUUGAGGUAUGUCAGUUUGAUAACAGUAAGCCAGUAAGGCAGGUCGUUGAUGUUUUCUUGUAAAGUAUUAACAAAAGCUGUUCGUUAACAAGUUUGUUGUCGGAUGCAUUACGAUUUGAUACGUCAGAUUAUUUAAAGUGGUGGUCAUUAAUUGGGUUGCCGAAGGAAGACGAUGACGAUUUCGAGAGAUGCAAAGAGGAGGUUGACGACUUAGACGAAAAAGAAACUCUGGUGUGACUGUCUGAGGCCUUCAUGUCACAGGUUCGAAGUUGGAAGAAGAAGCUCUGUGAGGAAGCGGCAGAGACAUUAGGUUCAGAUUUUUUUAUGGUUUUGAUUUUCUUAAAGCCAAAUCUAAUUUAUAAAUUGAAUUUAUUUAUUUUAAAAUUUUAUUUAAUUAAGAGUUUAUUGUAAUUUUUUUUUGAAAUAAAUAUAUAUUAGUUACACUUUAUUUUGUAACAAAGUUGCCACGAAAAUUAUCAUAACAAAACAUGAGAUUUUCGCCACUGAAUGUUUGUGGCAAAAUCGUAGUUGUUUUACUACGACUUUGACGCGGUCCAAAUUUGCUAGCCAUAUUUUUCGUGGUAUUUCGUGCCUAAAUCUUCGUAUAGCCACAAAAUUUGGUUCAUACCCACGAUUUUUUUUGUCUAUAACCUGUUUUUUACUAGUGUCAGUAAUUAGUAAUUACUAACCAAAUCCACAAAUUUUGCUAUAUUUUGUAUUUACCAUCCCUUCCUUCGUAUAAGUACCUCUUCCUUCGUAGUCAUCCUCACCCUUUCCUAAUCAACAUCACCUUCUCCAUAACCACCACCAUCAUUAUAACCGUUACGACCAUAAAAAAUAAUGAAAGUAUGAGGGGUGCGACCAACAGAAAUAGUUUGUUUUAUUUUUUCUUUUUAUAUUGUGUAGCUUAGCAUGUAAGCAUUGUAAAUAUAAGGAAGCAAAAGGCGAAAAGAAAACACUUUCUUGACCAUUAAAUCUUACGCGUUCUUAAAAGAAAACUGGGGGAAACAAUACAAAGUGAAAUGCAGAGUCUUUUCUUGAUAGUAAUCAUUAUUCCCGGCUAAUUUUCCUUUUUAGUCUUUACACUUUUUCAAUAUAAACAGAAAAAACAUCCAUCGUACCAUAUUUCAAUAAGUAGUUACACUAUAGCUAUUUCAUAUAAGUAUGCAACACCUACACAAGUAAAAUUCAACCACAGCUCUACAAAAAGCUUAGUCAUUGAGAGCACAAUAAAAAAACGUGGUUCAAUAAUAUUUUUCUAACAUUUUACCACCUUACAUGAACAUUUGCAUCACAUUAUACAUUUUCUAAAUGUUCUUUGCGCAUUUUCAAAAGUAAGAAAUUUUUAUCAUAGUCAUAGAUAUAAGCAUACACAACGUCAAUCUAAUGCGUUGUAGAAACAUUCAUCACACCAUAUUAUUUAACCACUCCAAUAAUCUUACUUGACACCAAAUUAUCUGCAAGAAUUUAAUGCUUUAAUGAUUUAGGUCUUCCCCAAACUUUAAACUUAAUAUACUACAUAUUUCUAAAUAAUGCCAGAUAUGGCAUAAUAGAUCAGAAAAGCACAUUUGUAGCGGUUUAUUAGCACAUGAGUACAUUAGCACUAUUAUCUAAUUAUUAUAUAUGUUUUCAAGUUUUAGCUUGAAAGUUUCAAUAUAAGUUUUGCCAUACUCCAAUACAUUAUUUAUAGUUUAAAUUUAAAAUAUCAAUACUAUUAAAAGAGAAGAAGUCUAAAAAAAUCUACCUAUGAAAGUUGUUUGGACCCUUUGGUUACACUUACUUUUUUUUGGUCCUAUAAUUAAUUACUCUAAUUAUACAUCAUUAAUAACUCUAACAACCUACGAAAAAUUGUGAUGUUCGCGAGAUAUUAAUUGUCUUACCAUAAAAAGUUAACGAACACUCCUAAUUUCGUGGGAUCACAAUCAUUGUGAUAUGUGUUGGAUAUUAAUAUCACUAAGAUCACAAUCAUAUUAAAGCUAAAAUAAUUUUUCAUAUUUAUACAUGUACUAAUAAUAUCACUAAAUAUUGUAUCAUGACAUCUUAUAUUGUUUCAAAUAUUUAUAAAAUUAAAUUUGAUAAAUCACAAAUCAUAUGUUAAAAUAAAAUUAUAUUUAAAUUAUGUUAAAUUAAUUUUUAUAGAAUGUAUUAUAAUAAAAAAAAUAUUAAUAAAGUUUAAAAACUAUGAGAAAUCUUACAAAUAUGUUUUAUUGAAUUAGUUAAAAAAAAAUUAUCAAAUAAAUAUUAAACCAUAUCAAUUUAACAAAUGUAAAACUUAUAAAAUACACACAAAAUAUAAUGAGAAAAUAGGUUUGGGUACUCAAGUAUUCGGAUCGGUUCCUUUCUAUUUUGGUUAUUUGGAUUCUACACAUUUGGACCUAAAUAGAUAUUUGAUUUUUUUUAUUCAGGUUUAGAUGGGUUCUUUCAUGUUCGGAUUAGUUUGAAAUCAUAAUUCAAAUACAUGUAAAAUACAUGUAAUAUUUGAAUAUGUAGCAUGGAUAGGUCGGUUCAUAUAUUUAAGUUUUGACAAAGAUCAGAAGUACCUGAAAACCAGAAAAUUGAUAGCGGGUUAUUAACGGGUUUUGGCUUUUACCGUAUUUUUAUCAUAUUUUGUUUUAUUAAAUUCAAAACAGAACUAUAUACAGAUUAUUGAAUCUAUCGGUUUGACUAUAUGUUUGGAUUGUAUAUGAAAAUACUAUUUACAAUUCAAACAUUAUAAUAGAGAAAUUUUAAAAUCAUUUAUUCCUAAUAAAAAGUAACAAACUUAUUCAAAUUUUAUCAAACGGUCAACAAAAAAUAUUCGCGCUUGGCAAGCACGGAUCAAAAUCUAUUAUUAAUUAUAAAUAUAUAAUAAUAUAUAUAUAUAUAUCCGUGAUUUUCCUUAAUGAAAUGGUGAAAGACAAAAGAAACAAGCUUUUGUCUUAGGUGCGCUACUUUACCACUUUAGACUUUAGCUAUAUUUAACACAAGCUAGGCUCAUGACUUAACAAUUACAAAACAAAUCAAAUCUUUUUACACCAAACCAAAACGAAAAUGCACCGACCAUUUUCCGGUGAUUCACCACCACUAAACUGCCUUCACGGCUUCUUCUCGUCGUCAUCAAUCCCCGGAGACGUCACCUCCUCCGAUCCACCACAAGGUCCAACUCCCACCGUCACUUCCGCCACUCUCCGCCGUAAUUUUGCCCAGACCACCGCCUCCACUAUUUUCCCGGAGACCCAUUUCACCGACCCGAACUCACUUCCUUCCCUUCAAGAAUCCUUCUCCCACUUCAUCCAAGCUUACCCUAACUACACCGACACUUACGGUAUCGACCGUAUCAGAUCCGACCACUAUUUCCACUUGGGUCUGACACAUUACACGUGUCUUGAUUACAUAGGAAUCGGUUUAUACUCUUACUCACAGUUACUCAACUACGACCCUUCCACUUACCAGAUCUCCUCUUCCUUGUCUGAAAGUCCCUUCUUCAGUGUUUCUCCCAAGAUCGGUAACUUAAAAGAGAAGCUUCUCCACGAUGGAGGUCAAGAAACAGAGUUCGAGUACUCUAUGAAGAGAAGAAUCAUGAGCUUUCUCAAGAUCUCCGAAGAAGACUACUCGAUGGUCUUCACCGCCAAUAGAACUUCUGCGUUCAGGCUCGUCGCCGAGUCUUACCCGUUCUCAAAACGGAAGCUGUUGACGGUUUACGACUACGAAAGCGAGGCCGUAGACGAGAUCAACAGGGUCUCAGAGAAACGUGGAGCCAAGGUAGCUGCAGCGGAGUUCUCAUGGCCAGGAUUGAGAAUCUGCUCGUCUAAGCUGAGGAAGAUGGUCACUGCUGGCAAAAGCGGAAGCACUAAGAAAAAGAAGAAGAAGGGUGUUUUCGUAUUUCCACUUCAUUCUAGGGUUACUGGAUCGAGGUAUCCCUAUCUAUGGAUGAGUGUGGCGCAAGAAAACGGGUGGCAUGUGAUGAUCGAUGCUUGCGGUUUGGGACCAAAGGAUAUGGACAGUUUCGGUCUUUCGAUAUAUAAUCCUGACUUCAUGGUGUGUUCGUUCUACAAAGUGUUUGGAGAAAACCCUUCAGGAUUCGGUUGCUUGUUCGUCAAGAAAUCGACUAUUCCGAUUCUUGAAUCUUCCACUGGUUCGGGUAUGGUUAACCUCGUACCUACUGACGAUCCGAUUUCAUUACACGCUUUGGAGAUCAGCCGGACGCGAACAGAAUCUGAAGAAGUAGAUAGCUGUAGCUCUGGAAUCGAAUUUAGAGGUCUAGAUCAUGUGGACUCACUUGGGUUGGUAGCAACGGGGAACAGAUCAAGAUGUUUGAUCAAUUGGUUGGUAAGUGCUCUCUACAAACUUAAACAUUCUACAACUAACCGUCUAGUUAAAAUCUACGGUCCAAAAGUUAAUUUUAAUAGAGGACCAGCGGUUGCGUUCAACCUAUUUGACCAAAAGGGAGAGAGAAUCGAGCCUUUUAUCGUGCAGAAGCUAGCUGAUUGCAGUAAUAUCUCUCUCGGACAAGGGUUCCUGAAGAAAAUCUUGUUCGAAGAGGAGUAUGAAGGGGUGAAAGAUAGAGUUCUUGAGAAGAGGAAGAACGAACAGGGGAUCUCUGUUCUCACUGCCGCGUUAGGGUUUCUCGCGAAUUUUGAAGAUGUUUAUAAGCUUUGGAUUUUCGUUGCUCGGUUUUUGGAAUCAGGGUUUGUGGAGGCGGAGAGUGUGAGAUGUGGAGUUCAUGUUUUUGAGCAUAAGAGCCGUGAAGUAGUGUAGUCUUUGUAAUAAGAGUUCUUGUACUUGUAGUCAAAGUUCAGAUUCGGUUAAACCAGUUUGGUUAUAAGUUGUGUAACUUUUAACCAUGAACUUUGCUAUGUUUGUUGUUUCAUUACCAAUAAUAAUUAAUAAACUUA